AUGGAACAGCUUCACAGCCUUCCAAGCAAUUACAGUGACCUGGCGGUAACGGGAGAUGACGAAGGGAUAUUUGGGGUGGACUCUCAGUUUCUUUAUGCUUUGAAACCACUGGACCGAGAAAAGCAGCCAUCCUACUCUCUGCAGGUGUCCUUCAAAGUGUCAGGGCAGCGCCAGCGCUUCACGGUGGAAGUGUGCGUCAUUGACAAGAACGACAAUGUGCCCGCGUUCAUACAGGAGAGCAUGAGGGGCAGUGUGCAACUGGGCCUGCUCAAAGGCAUCCCCUUCAUGCAGGUGGAGGCGUUGGAUCGUGACGACCGCAACACUGCCCACGCUGAGCUGCGUUUCCGCCUCAUGGAGCAAACCCCCCGAAUCCCCUCCCCUCAAAUGUUCUUCAUUGAUUCCAUCACGGGAGAGGUUUCCCUCACCGAGGACGGCGCCUCAACAUUGGACCCCGAGAUGUGCGGCAGAUAUAAACUCUCAGUGAUGGUCAAGGACAUGGCUGGAAAAUCCAACGCUUUCUUCACCACCGGCAUUGUCACCGUGGAAGUGACCGGGAAUACCUGGGCGUCGCCGGAUCCCGUACGCUUGCAGGAGAACCUCCCGGGCCCGUAUCCCAUCGCCAUCUCGCAGGCGAAAUGGAGGGGAAGCCAAGCAGAGUACAGUCUGGAGGGGGAGUUUCCAGAGAUGCUCUUCACCAUCAGUCGAGAGGGAAUCAUUUAUCUCAACGCACCUCUGGACAGAGAAACGCAAGACCAGUUCCUCGUCAGCAUUGUGGUGGAGCGCCCAGAUGGACGUGAGAUCGCCAAGCCGGUGGAGUUAAGAGUGAUGGUGGGUGACGCCAACGACAACAGGCCCACCUUUCCGCAGGCGCAGUACCACACCGUGGUCAAGGAACUGGCUGCUCGAGGGACGGAGAUCUUGACGGUUCAGGCGGCUGAUAACGACGACCCCAAGACGGAUAAUGUACGGAUCUUCUACCGCUUGGUUGGCCAAAUCCCAGAGAGCCCUCGCGCGCUAUUCAGAGUGGACCGGGACUCGGGCGUUAUCUCGGUCCAAGCGGACAGCAUGGAGGGAACGGCGCCGCAGUACACGCUCACCAUCACCGCUGAGGAUGCAAAAGGUCUGAACAGUUCAUGUACAGUGGUGGUGACAGUGCAAGACGAAAACAACAACCCACCAGUUUUCUCUCAACACGAGUAUGGACCCUUCCACAUCUCGGAAGACGCUCCGGUUGGCACCACGGUGACGGCCAUGCUGGCAGGCGAUGCCGAUGUUCGAGGAGGCGACAGCUGGCAAGUCAAUUAUCGUUUCGAGUCCGGAAACGAAGAGGAGGUCUUCUCCUUACUCACAGACAGGCUGACCAAUGAGGUUUCACUCGUCCUGUCAAAGGUCGUUGACUUUGAGCGCGAGAGUGAGUACAUCCUCGUUCUAAGUGCCCAGAACCCGGUGGCCCUGGUCCGGGGCCGCUACGGUCCUUCGUCAACGGCGACCGUCUCCAUCUACGUCGACGAUAUAAACGAAGGUCCGGUUCUAUCGCAAAGCCAUUAUGAGGUGACAGUCCGAGAGGGUGAAGAACCAGGGCGGGUCAUCGCCACCAUCCGAGGCUACGACCCCGAUUCUCACCCCAUCAGGUAUUCUCUUCAGGGCGACACCAAGAAGUACUUCUCAAUUGGCAAAUACUCGGGCGAGCUGAAGACUGUGCAAGCGUUGGACCGAGAGGAAAACAGCACGUACACCAUGGAGAUCAUUGCGGUGGACGGACGUAACUCCUCCUUAUCUGCCUCAACCUUGGUCACGGUGCAAAUUUUGGAUGUGAACGACAACAGUCCAGUGUUGGUGGGUGACUACUCGUGGAAGUACUUGUGUACCCCUCGCUGGGAAGACCAAGCGUUGGUGCUGGCCUCGCGGGACAGCGACGGGCCGCAGCACGGAGGAAGGCUCAACUUCUCGCUGAGGAGCGAUGCCACGGUGCGGCGCAACUGGAAGCUCACGCCCAUCAACGAUACUCACACCAACCUCUCCCUGAACACACCAUAUCUGGCUCCCGAGGUCUACACUGUGCCCUUCACCAUCUCCGACAGCAGCUCUCCUCCAAGGAGCACCUUCAUAAACUUACCGGUGACAGUGUGUCCUUGCAACAUCAGGGGCAACUGCAAAAUGCCAGCCAAGCCGCUGCAGGGCAUGCCAACCAUCCAGUCUGCGGUGGGCACUUUGCUUGGCACAUUUGCAGUCAUAGGGACCAUCCUCGUUGUUGUGUUUGUGCGACUGUCCUACCAGAACCCCAAGCAGCCCGCUAACGCAAGCCAAGAGCGAGUUCCUCUGAAAAUGUCCAUCUAAGCAUAAUCGUCACCAUCCCAUCCAUUGAUGGAACCAAUCCUGCUUUCCCAAAAUGAUGCUCUAAUUUCAGCGCUGAUGCUCUGUAGAGUAUUUGUGAGGUCGGACUUGUUUAGGUUUACCUGUGUUUGAGCCAUGAUGCUGUUUAUUCCGUAUUUAACAUCAUUUUAGGCGUAGUUGUUUACACUGCCGCCUUCUUUACACUGCAAAUAUGUAGUUUGUAACCAUAGUCACUGUUUCUUUUUGCUUCAUUCCUUUUCUUACACGGAUAACAACUUAUUGUAAAAUCAGAUUAAAAUAAAAGAAGGUUAAAUGAU